CAUCUUGGUAUUGUACAAUGUACAUGUCUACUGAAUUAUUGACUUGGCUCUUUUCUUGCUUUUUUUUUUUCUUUCUUUAACACUUUGCUUUUGCUUCAUGUACUGUCUUUACUUGACUUUUCCUUGUGUUUGGUACGAAACUCAGCUUCUCUCCUUCUUCCCAAAUAUUUGCGUGUGGUCUAUCUUCCUCUAAUCUCUUCUUCUUAAUUCUCAAUCUAUUAACAUGAUGAUUGUCAAAAGAUUGUCAGAUUAUACCACAUAAUUAUGCUCUUCCUGAGAACUAACUGAUCAAUCAAAGCUUGUUUUGUGGUGUGAACCAAAACUCUUUAGUCUUGUUCACUUCUCAGUUCUAAUAAACUCAUGGGGAUCUGUUAUGGUAAACCCAUCGAACAGCGAUCAAGACAGAGCCGCCGCCAAGUUUCCGCUGAAACCGAUGAAACCAGCGAGGUGGGUCUGAACAAGAGCUUCGGGUUCUCGAGACACUUCUCCACACACUACGAGAUAGAUGGCCAGGUGGGUCGUGGAGACUUGGGGUACACUUGCUCUGCCAAGGGUAAAAAAGGCAGCCUGAAGGGUCAAGAAGUUGCUGUUAAAGUCAUUCAUAAAGCCAAGGUUUGCUUCUUUUAUCUCCUCGAGCUACUCGUUUUGGACUCAUUGCUUAGUGUUUUUCAGUUGAUGAAUGCACUUAUGGUCGAGGAUGUUAGCAGAGAAGUUAAGAUAAUGAGCGCUUUGACUGGUCACAAGAACUUAGUCCAGUUCUAUGACGCGUUUGAAGAUGAUGAAAACGUUUAUAUUGUCAUGGAGGGUUGCGAAUACGCAGAAGAUGAUGCUAAACAAGUAAUGGUUCAGAUUCUUAGUGUAGUAGCUUACUGUCAUCUACAAGGUGUGGUUCACCGUGACCUCAAACCAGAGCACUUCCUGUUCAGCACUAAGGACGAGACUUCUCCUCUAAAAGCAGUUGGCUUUGGUUUCUCUGCUUAUGUCAAGCCAGACGAGAGGUUGAAUGAUAUUGUAGGAAGUUCUUUACACGUAGCUCCUGAAGUCUUGCACCGUGCAUACGGGACAGAGUCUGACAUGUGGAUGGUUGGAGUAAUGACUUACGUUCUUCUUUCUGGCAGUAGACCCUUUUGGGCCCCUACUGAGAACGAACUCUUUCGAGCUGUUCUUAAGACAGAACCUAGUUUUGAAGAGGCUCCUUGGCCUUCACUGUCGCCUGAUGCUGUAGAUUUUGUGAAAAGAUUGCUACACAAAGACUACCGUAAGAGAUUAACCGCGGCUCAGGCUUUGUGCUCUUGCUAAGACACUAACUGUACAGCAGCUAGCUUAUCUGAGGGAGCAGUUUACAUUGUUGGAGCCAAGUAAAGAUGGAUAUAUCUCCAUGCAGAAUUUCAAAACAGCAAUCUUAAAGAGCUCAACUAAUGCUAUGAAGGAUUCAAGUCUUAGAUUAUGUUCACAUGGUAAGAACCGAGUCUAUAGUUAUAUCAUUGGUUAACACGCACAGCGUGGUUACGAGUUGUUUGAGAAAGAUGGGAAUAGACCCAUCAUGACUGAGGAACUUGCGUCGGUAUGAGUUUUACACACUUUCUCUCUUAUUCACAUAGAAAGAAGGAAACGUAAAACAUAUUGGUUGUGAAUGGAUAUGUGUUUUUUUAACUGCAGGAACUCAGACUCGGGCCAUCAUCAGUCCCUAUGCAUGUUGUACUUCAGGAUUGGAUAAGACAAUCAGAUGGAAAGUUUAGUUUCUUGGGUUUUGUCAGACUACUACACGGCGGGUCUUCUCAGACAUUACAGAAAGCUUAGGAGGAGCAAUGAGAUUGGAGCUAGAUGAGAAAAGCUGCAACUAAGUGUUCAUGUGUAAGUAUUUAAGUCAAAGAUUCGAUUACUAUGUCAGUGUGGUGUGUAUGAAACUCAUUCCUCAUCUCUUUAACCAUGAACAAAUAUUCACUACAUAGACACGACCUACACGUUUUGUCCUAAUAUAAAACGGUACAAAGAAAGAAAAAGAGGAUGCAAACCAGAUCGAUCGCUGUGGACAUACUAACAUUAAAUGGGGGCAUGUUCAGUAACUCUAGCAUAUGAUAGAGGACGACGCAGCUGUUAAGUACGUCUCCUAAUGUUGUCAAGUUUGAACUUGAGGUACUAAUCCUCUUUCUCCUCCAUUUUAGCAUAAGCACACACAUUCAUAUGUCUCAGAAUGGAGUUUGCCUGCAUCUCAUGUUGUUGUUUCUGAUGUGUUUUAGUGUCCGUAGCCAUUUGGAAGUGGAAUAGAAAUAGAAUUAAUCUUGUACAGUUCAAAUGUCAAUAUGAGAAUCUCUCUUUGCUUUGGCUUUGGCUUUGGCUUGAUGAGGAUGAUGUUUGUUGUUGAUGGUGAAAAAGUUGUAUAAAACUCAGAGAGAGGGUCCUCAGUUCCUGUGUUUUUGGAGCUACGUGCUGCUUUUCUUGCUCAGCUCCGACUCCUCUGAAUAAAUAAUCAAACCGGAUCACUUAAAGAAUAAUCCCCACGUCUCCAAAUACAAGUAUAAUACCAGGAGCAGCUGCUUUGUGGGAAAAUAAGCAUUUAAUUCCUGAAAUAUUUGAAACCGGCAAUUUAAAUACCAAAUUAUUGCUCGCACGCUUUUAUUCCCUAACUAUUUGUUGAUUCGGCAAAUUGAUACCCAGAAAAAUCAACCGUUAAGUCAAUAACGUUUGUUGUUAGUGUUUUACCAAUCUUCUUCUCCAUUGUACCUCAGAUACUCGAAAUCCCCAAAUUGAAACCUUAAUCUGAGAGAAAAACCGAUUCCGGCAAAUAUAGAGGAGAUUUCCGGUGACGAGAUAAAGAACUUCAAAAAGAACAAAAUUCUCUAUCGAGAAUAAGAAGACUUUUUGUUGGGAAACAGCUCAAGAUUUCACCUCACCAGAAAUCUCGUAUGUACUUGCUGGAAUCGCUUUCUCUCUCAGAUAAAGGUUUUAAUUUGGGGAUUUCGAAUAUCUGAGGUAAAAUGGAAAAGAAGAUUGGUAAAA